GCGGAACUUGUUGUUACGGGUAACGGAAGUGUGGCGGCGCUGGGUUGAGCGGGCUUUUUGGAAGUUUGUGGCGGAGUUCUGUGAUAUGAGCAACAAUGGACCAGAAGAUUUUAUCUCUAGCAGCAGAAAAAACAGCAGACAAACUGCAAGAAUUUCUUCAAACCCUGAGAGAAGAUGACUUGACUAAUCUCCUUCAGAAUCAAGCAGUGAAAGGAAAAGUUGCUGGAGCACUCCUGAGAGCCAUCUUCAAAGGUUCCCCCUGCUGUGAGGAAGCUGGAGCACUUAGGAGACAUAAGAUAUACACUUAUUGUAUCCAGUUGGUGGAAUCAGGGGAUUUGCAGAAAGAAAUAGCGUCUGAGAUCAUAGGAUUACUGAUGCUGGAGGCUCACCAUUUUCCAGGACCAUUAUUGGUUGAAUUAGCCAAUGAGUUUAUUAGUGCUGUCAGAGAAGGCAGCCUAGUGAAUGGACAAUCUUUGGAGUUACUACCUAUCAUUCUCACUGCCCUGGCUACCAAAAAGGAAAAUCUGGCUUAUGGAAAAGGUGUACUGAGUGGGGAAGAGUGUAAGAAGCAGUUGAUUAACAUCCUGUGUUCUGGCAGGUGGGAUCAGCAAUACGUAAUCCAGCUCACCUCCAUGUUCAAGGAUGUCCCUCUGACUACAGAAGAGGUGGAAUUUGUGGUGGAAAAAGCAUUGAGCAUGUUCUCCAAGAUGAAUCUUCAAGAAAUACCACCUUUGGUCUAUCAGCUUCUGGUUCUCUCCUCCAAGGGAAGCAGAAAGAGUGUUUUGGAAGGAAUCAUAGCCUUCUUCAGUGCACUAGAUAAGCAGCACAAUGAGGAACGGAGUGGUGAUGAGCUGUUGGAUGUUGUUACUGUGCCAUCAGGUGAACUUCGUCAUGUGGAAGGCACCAUUAUUCUACACAUUGUGUUUGCCAUCAAAUUGGACUAUGAACUAGGCAGAGAACUCCUGAAACACUUAAAGGCAGGACAGCAAGGAGAUUCCAAUAAUAACUUAAGUCCCUUCAGCAUUGCUCUUCUUCUCUCUGUAACAAGAAUACAAAGAUUUCAGGACCAGGUGCUUGAUCUUUUAAAGACUUCGGUUGUAAAGAGCUUUAAGGAUCUUCAACUCCUCCAAGGCUCAAAAUUUCUUCAGAAUCUAGUUCCUCAUAGGUCUUAUGUUUCAACCAUGAUCUUGGAAGUGGUAAAGAAUAGCGUUCAUAGUUGGGACCAUGUUACUCAGGGCCUCGUUGAACUUGGUUUCAUUUUGAUGGAUUCAUACGGGCCAAAGAAGGUUCUUGAUGGAAAAACUAUUGAAACCAGCCCAAGUCUUUCUAGAAUGCCAAACCAGCAUGCAUGUAAGCUCGGAGCUAAUAUCCUGUUGGAAACUUUUAAGAUCCAUGAGAUGAUCAGACAAGAAAUUCUGGAGCAGGUCCUCAACAGGGUUGUUACCAGAGCAUCUUCUCCCAUCAGUCAUUUCUUAGACCUGCUUUCAAAUAUUGUCAUGUAUGCACCCUUAGUUCUUCAAAGUUGUUCUUCUAAAGUCACAGAAGCUUUUGACUAUUUGUCCUUUCUGCCCCUUCAGACUGUACAAAGGCUACUUAAGGCAGUGCAGCCUCUUCUCAAAGUCAGCAUGUCAAUGAGAGACUCCUUGAUACUUGUUCUUCGGAAAGCUAUGUUUGCCAACCAGCUUGAUGCCCGAAAAUCUGCAGUUGCUGGAUUUUUGCUGCUCCUAAAGAACUUCAAAGUUUUAGGCAGCCUGUCAUCCUCUCAGUGCAGUCAGUCUCUUAGUUUCAGUCAGGUUCAUGUGGAUGUUCACAGUCAUUACAAUUCUGUUGCCAAUGAAACUUUUUGCCUUGAGAUCAUGGAUAGUUUGAGGAGAUGCUUAAGCCAGCAAGCUGAUGUUCGACUCAUGCUUUACGAGGGGUUUUAUGAUGUUCUUCGAAGGAACUCUCAGCUGGCUAAUUCAAUCAUGCAAACUCUGCUCUCACAGUUAAAACAGUUCUAUGAGCCAAAACCUGAUCUGCUGCCUCCUUUGAAAUUAGAAGCUUGUAUUCUCACCCAAGGAGAUAAGAUCUCUCUACAAGAACCACUGGAUUAUCUGCUGUGUUGUAUUCAGCAUUGUUUAGCCUGGUAUAAGAAUACAGUGAUACCCUUACAGCAGGGAGAGGAGGAAGAGGAGGAGGAAGAGGCAUUCUACCAAGCCCUAGAUGAUAUAUUGGAGUCCAUUACUAAUAGAAUGAUUAAGAGUGAGCUGGAAGACUUUGAACUGGAUAAAUCAGCAGAUUUUUCUCAGAGCACCAGUAUUGGCAUAAAAAAUAAUAUCUGUGCUUUUCUUGUGAUGGGAGUUUGUGAGGUUUUAAUAGAAUACAAUUUCUCCAUAAGUAAUUUCAGUAAGAACAAAUUUGAGGACAUUCUGAGCUUAUUUAUGUGUUACAAAAAGCUCUCUGACAUCCUUAAUGAAAAAGCUGGUAAAGCCAAAACUAAAAUGGCCAACAAGACAAAUGAUAGUCUUUUGUCCAUGAAAUUUGUGUCCAGUCUUCUCACUGUUCUUUUCAGAGUCUUGCUAUGGAGAUACACUUCAAUUCCUACUUCAGUGGAAGAGUCGGGAAAGAAAGAGAAAGGAAAGAGCAUCUCACUGCUGUGCUUGGAGGGUUUACAGAAAAUAUUCAGUGCUGUGCAACAGUUCUAUCAGCCCAAGAUUCAGCAGUUUCUCAGAGCUCUGGAUGUCACAGAUAAGGAAGGAGAAGAGAGAGAAGACGCAGACGUCAGUGUCACUCAGAGAACAGCAUUCCAGAUCCGGCAAUUUCAGAGGUCCUUGUUGAAUUUACUUAGCAGCCAAGAGGAAGAUUUUAAUAGCAAAGAAGCCCUCCUGCUAGUCACUGUUCUUACCAGUUUGUCCAAGCUACUGGAGCCCUCCUCUCCUCAGUUUGUGCAGAUGUUAUCCUGGACAUCAAAGAUCUGCAAGGAAAACAGCCGGGAGGAUGCCUUGUUUUGCAAGAGCUUGAUGAACUUGCUCUUCAGCCUGCAUGUUUUGUAUAAGAGUCCUGUCAUUCUGCUGCGUGACUUGUCCCAGGAUAUCCAUGGGCAUCUGGGAGAUAUAGACCAGGAUGUAGAGGUGGAGAAAACAAACCACUUUGCAAUAGUGAAUUUGAGAACGGCUGCCCCCACUAUCUGUUUACUUGUUCUGAGUCAGGCCGAGAAGGUUCUAGAAGAAGUGGACUGGCUAAUCACCAAGCUUAAGGGACAAGUGAGCCAAGAAACUGUAUCAGAAGAGGCCUCUUCUCAGACAACUCUGCCAAAUCAGCCUGUCGAGAAAGCCAUCGUCAUGCAACUGGGAACUCUGCUUACAUUUUUCCAUGAGCUGGUGCAGACAGCUCUGCCAUCAGGCAGCUGUGUGGACACCUUGUUAAAGGACUUGUGCAAAAUGUACACCACACUUACAGCACUUGUCAGAUAUUAUCUCCAGGUGUGUCAGAGCUCUGGAGGAAUUCCAAAAAAUAUGGAAAAGCUGGUGAAGCUGUCUGGUUCUCAUCUGACCCCUGUGUGUUAUUCUUUCAUUUCUUAUGUACAGAAUAAGAGUAAGAGCCUAAACUAUACAGGAGAGAAAAAGGAGAAACCUGCCACCGUUGCCACCGCCAUGGCCAGAGUUCUUCGGGAAACCAAGCCAAUCCCUAACCUCAUCUUUGCCAUUGAACAGUAUGAAAAAUUUCUCAUCCACCUUUCUAAGAGGUCCAAGGUGAACCUGAUGCAGCACAUGAAGCUCAGCACCUCACGAGACUUCAAGAUCAAAGGAAACAUCCUAGACAUGGUUCUUCGAGAGGAUGGCGAAGACGAAAAUGAAGAGGGCACUGCAUCAGAGCAUGGUGAACAGAACAAAGAACCAGCCAAGAAGAAAAGGAAAAAAUAAAUGAAAUGCCUGAGUUAAUGUGAACUUUGGGGCUUCUGCUUCGUUUUUACCCAACAAGCAACAAUGCCCCUUGUCCUACAGCCCACACCGAUGUUGGCAUCUUAGUUCUGAACCCACUGAAUUCAACUGCACCUUCAGUUAGAAGGAAUCUUCUUGGCAGGUCCUGCUACUGAAAAAUGGCUGGCCUUAGGCAAGCCCUUUUGCAAAAAGCACAGCUGAAAGCCUGAGUUUGGGAGCCUGCACCGCCCCGACGAAGCUCCAUGGGAGCAAAUACAGAGCCUCCAGGCAGUGCUAUGGUCCAGGCUGGCUUCGUUUUUCCAAGGAGCCUUUGGUGAGUUCAAUUAUCUGGUAAAUAUCCAGCGCUUCACCUGAAAAAUAGUGCAAAUUGGUUAGGAUGCCACCUCAAUAACUGUAACUGAGAGCUCAGAAGUGAGCAAAGGAGCUUAAUGCUAAGGUCAAAAAGGAGAGUGAAAGGUUGAGAACAAUUGUCACGAAUGGUAAUGUUACAUGUUAGGAGGGUCUGUUUUCUUUUUAUAUAAAAUAAGUCUGUCUUAGAUACAUUUUAAAUAGAAAAUAAGCUUUCUGAUUUGUUUGGUAUUUAAAGCACAGUUUGUUUUUCUGUCAUCUAAGAAUGCACUCUAUAGAAUAAAUCCUCUUUAAACAUUUCUGCUGUGGUUGGAAGUAGGGGACAGGUACAGGUAGAAUAUUUGAAGCUCUGCUGUCUUCAUUUUUGAAACAUCAUGUCACAUUCAUUGUGGAUACAGGGCACCUUCUAAACUGAAAUUAGCCUAGAA